AUGGAUGAAGAAUUUGAUACAAUUCUUUAUUUAAUUGAUGAGCUUAAAGCAGAAGACCACAACACAAGACUGCAUGCUAUCAAUAGCUUGGAACAAAUUGCAGAAGCAAUUGGAGACAUAAGAACUCGGCAGGAGCUCGUGCCUUAUAUAAACGAGCUAUUAGAAGAUGACAAUCAAGAAGUUUUGCUUGCAAUCGCUUCAAAACUCGGAGACCUCUCUAAUUACGUUGGAGGGCUCGAUUAUCUUGCUUGCUUACUUCCUCCAUUGCAAAGCCUAUCAAGAAGCGAAGAAACAGUUGUCCAAGACAAGGCUGUUCAAAGCAUCAAUAAAAUCGCUGAGCAGCUGCCAAAAAAUAUUUUAGAAGAAAAAAUAAGUGAAGUGAUAAACAAUCUUUCUGGAAGUGAGUCAUACUAUGGAAGAGUUGCUGCAUGUAAUUUAUUCCAUAUUCCAUUAUCACGAUUAACUAGUGAUAAAAAAGCUGAGCUUGAGAUUGAAUUUAUUAAGCUGGCUAAAGACGAAUCUUCAUUUGUGAGAAAAGUUGCUGCAGAAAACUUACCCUCAUCCUUUAAAUUAGAACUAAAAACCCUGUUCCAAUUUAAAAAAAAUUAAAAAUUAAAAAAAAAUAUAUUGGAUGCAAUAUUUUGAAUUUUUAAAUUUUAUUUUUACAAAGAAUUAAUAAAAAAUUAGUCAAUUCAGUGUUAAAACUGCUUAAAAAUAUUUUUAAUUUUAUACAAAAAUUAGUAUUUUUCGCUCUAUUAGAAAAAUUUUCGAUUUAUGGGUUAAAAACUCCUAAAAAUGGAAAUUUUUAUCGAUUUUGAUCCAAUUUAAAGGGGGAGGAAUUAGGAAAAAUUCUUCAAGUAUAUGAAAGUAAAGAGCUGAUGAAAUUAUUUGAUGAGUUACGCAUUGAUGAAUAUGACAGCAUCAGACAAAUGGCAUUAGAAAGCAUUACAAAAUUACUUAAAAACCAUCAAGAAUUGCUUGAGCAUGUAAAAACAUUUUCUAACGAUAAAAGCUGAAGAGUUAGAUAUGCAGUUUUAGACCAUUUGCAAGAAAUAAUCGAGCUAGAAAAUGUUAUCCAUGACUUCCUGCCAGAAAUAUUAAAUUUAUUCCAGGACUCUGAAUCUGAAGUUCGAUGUAUUGCUUUAAAAAAGCUGCCUUUGAUUUUUAAAUCGAUUCCUUCACAUAUGGUCGAGUCUCAGCUUUUCCCAACUUUAGAAAUAUUAGUAAAAGAUUCAUCACUAUAUGUUAGGCUUGCUCUCAUGCAAAGCAUAUGCCAAAUUUCUCCACAUCUAAGCUCUGAUAUCGUUAUAUUAAAGCUUCUUCCAUUGGUAACUCAGCUUUUAAAAGAUGAUAAUUUUGAAGUAAGGAUGGGCUUUGCAGAGCAUAUUCAAACUUUCAAUGGAUCGUUGGCUACUGAUAAAAUUUCAUUGUUUUCUGUGCCUUUGCUCAUUCAGCUGAUGGGAGAUUCUCAAUGAAGGGUCAGGCUAAAAGCUGUAGAAUGCUUGGCCCAGCUUGGAACUAUUUUAGGAAAAGAUGAAUUUAAUGAGCAUCUAGCAACGCCUUUAAUGAAAUGAAUUGAAGACCCAGUUUUUGCUGUUAGAGAAGCUGUGCUAGAGGCUGCUAAUAAGUUAGCUAUUGCUUUUGACGGAGAAUGAUUAAGAAUUUAUAUCAUGCCACUUAUAAAUGUGCUGAGCUAUAGUCCUGCAUUUAAUAAAAGAAUGACAGCACUUAGAAUCAUAAGCAAGCUUGGAAAAUAUUUAGAUGACAAUGACUGCUUUUUGUGCUUAAAAACACUAUCAAAAGAUAGAGUGCCGAAUAUAAGGUUCAAUGUAGCGAAAACAAUUAAAAAUUUAGUGGAAUCUACAACUAAUAGAAAAGAUAUAAUGCUAUUGCUCGAUCAAUUAAAAAAUGGGCUGUAUGUCAAAUGACAGUGUAUUUUUGACAAUAUGCAUUUCAUCGAAGUACAUUUGGUCGAACAUUUUUAAAUAGUGUGACAUAUAGUCAAAAUUUAACGGCUUUUUCGGUGAAAUGUCUCACUAUCAAAAAAGCUUUAACCAAUUUUUCGACAAAAUGUACUUUGGUGAAUGUAAACUAUCAAAAGUGCACGAUCAUUAGCCCUGAAACCAAAAAAUGACACAGAUAUGGAUGUUAAAUAUUAUGCUGAAGAUGCAGUCAGAGCACUUUAA